UCAACAUCAUCCCACCGACAGCUCUAGCCGAGACAAACAGGCAACAAGAUAUGCAACAAAAGUACAAGUAGCCCCUACCUGCUUCUUUGUACUUACAGAAUUGACAGCCAAUAUGUUCCUUUCCGAAUCACGACAAGUACAUCCAUUCGGUUCACCACUCCAUGCACCGCCUGAAUCAAACAUAACACCAAUUAGCGCCCAGCUCCAAAGCCCAUUCCUCUCCAACCUUCCCGCCGAGCUUAGAAACGAAAUCUACCAUCAUGUGUUUACCUCGAAUCCAAAUAAUCCACCCACUACAUCCGCCCAACCGCUCUCCCUCCUCCUCACCUGUCGUCAAAUCAGUCAUGAGGCCACCAUCAUCGCUUUUCACAAUCACACUUUCCACGUAGCAUUCACCGUCGUACCAACGUUUGUCUUGUUGCGGGAUUCCAUCUCACACUUGUCCGCCCAGCAAACGUGCGCUAUCACCGCCCUAAUGUAUGAUCUUGGAACAGAGUACAAAGACAGAACUAAAGAAGCAGUCGAUAUCAUGGCGAACUCAAUUCUUCUAUUUCCAAAUUUUAGUUACUUCGAGCUCCGAGCUCGACAACACAAGAAGCGGAAAAACGUGUCAGUCGAGCCUGCACCAUCUUGGUUAUAUAGGCACAUUUUGAAACCUUUCACAACUGGCCUUUCCGUCUCGUGGCAGAAGGGAGAAUACUGGAGUGUCUACUCGCCGCGACUCGAAAAUAGCGAUGUUGAGAUCUUGAAUAAGUAUUAUAUACAGGACGCAUGUAAAAAGAACUACGUGGGUAGCGUUGUAGUCGACAAAUUCCCAGGAGUUCACAUGUGCAUGUGUGACAGCGAAACGGCUUGCUGGCUCUCAUCCACGUUGGUUCAGGAGUCGGGUCGUAUGGUCGUUGUUAACACAAUAUUCCGCAGUCCUGAAGAUCCGCCCACGGCAUGGGAAGGACAGAUGGAUGCAAAACCGAGUGGGAGGCUGAAGCCUGGUGUUCAGCCUCCGCAAGACAUCAAAACGAUGCCCCAGAAGAACUUUGGGGGCAUUGGGGUGACGGGAUAUGCAUUUGAGGCAGACGACGAAUAUUGGGAGGGGCUGAGACGGAGAAACUGGACCUUAGGUGUGACACUGAGAGGCCUUUUCUCGAGUGCUGAUGACGACUUGGGCAAAAAGUGAAAGGAAGGACAUAUAGAUGGCCUGAGUUGAGAUAUUCAACUCAUCUGGCAUGCUUGACAUAGUUCAGCGACUGAGGAACAAUCUGUACUUGAAUGCUCAUGUCAUGUUCGGGAUACAUGGCGCUCGGUUUCACAUAUACGAAAGAGUACAGCGUGACAAUCUUUCACGUGGAAUUUCAUUGACAAGCAAUGUCCGCAAAUCAAGUGUAUUACAAUGGAUAUAUCGAG